AUGUCCCAGAGCAAGAGGAAGCUACUGCAGUCUUUGAUGGGCCCCUAUGGGCCCCUAAGUGUGUCCUACAAUGGGAAGACCUGCAUUCUGUUCAAAGCCAAGCGCCUGGCCAUCCGCUACAGGAACCACACGUUCAUAGACCUGACAGAGAGGAUCUUCAGCCCCGGCUCACCCGUGGACACCAAGGGCUCUAUCUGCACUAAGGAGAAGGCGACGCUUUCAUUACGGUUCGGUGACGUGGAGGACCUGCGAGGACUAGUGAUCCGGCUCCAGAUGUCCAACACAUUUUACGAGGCGGCGGGGCAGAACUGGUUUACCCUGGAUAGUGUUCACAUCCACUACAACUGGACGCAGGAGGCCACGUUCAACGCCAGCGAGAUCUACGCCCCUGCCACUUCCUCCUACCAUUGCCAGCAUGUCAGCAGCUUGCAUAAAUAUGACACCCUGCUGGUGCCAACCUCCCACACGGACACAUCGGCUAACUGGCACAUCACUUUCACAGACUUCCAGAUCCAGGCCUUCAACGUGCAGUCGGAGAAGUUUGCGUCGGCCAGCGACUGUGCCACCUUCCUGACCCCGGCCAUCCUGAUGGGCCUGGUGACCUCUCUCAUCCUGCUCCUGGUGCUGGCCUACGCCCUGCAUAUGGUGGUCCACCUGAAGCACAUCGACCGCUACGAGGAGCAUAAAGCCACCGUCUACUUCCCUCGCAGUCCAGAAGCAGAGCUCCCCGACAAGAACAGCCUGUGA